AUGUCUCUAUCGACGCACUCGUCGUUCGAUGCCUCCGAGGAUCACUCGCUGCUUCCCUGGCUAGACGAGAACACUACUGCACAUUUGCUCGAAUCUGAGGCCAACUGCUCUGUAGACUCCGGACAUCCGAUUGCGCUUGACUCUCCUGGCAGACCGACGGCAUGCUCAACUCCCUCAGCUCCGGCCCCGCUCAGUCCUACAGCACUAGCUUGCUUGUCUACGGCGUCGCCCAAUUUGCUGUCUCCGCAAGCCUCUCAGACGACUCCUCUCCCGCAGGAUUACGCUGCAAGCCCGUCUGUGUCCAACCCUUACCCUCCCCCGCCUUCCCAUUUUUUCUCGGACCCUCCACCCAAAAACAUCGAGGCCGACUUGCGCGCCACAGUCGACGCGCUCCGCAAGCAGAAGAAAGCCGCACAGCGCGGCCUGGUCGAGGAGAACGCCGCCCUCCGCGAAGAAGUCGGCUUCCUCCGCCAGUCCCUCCGGCUCUGCUCGCCCGAGGACAGCGACGCCAAGCAGCUGGCGGUCGCGCUCGAGCAGGAGCGCACGCACCGCCUGCGCUCCGAGGAGAAGUUCCGCGCGCUCGUCGACUACCUCGCUGAGCAGGUCGCGAGCGGGUCGGAGCGGCGGGAGGCGACGGAGAAGGCGCUGGUGGCCAGCGAGCGCGACUGUGCGGCCUGGGAGGGCAAGGUGGCGGCUGCGAUGAAGCGCUGUGAAGUUCUUGAGGAAGAGAACCUCAGAGUAAAGUCGUUACUGGAAUUGUUUGCCAGACAGCGCCCGACUGCCGUCCAGCAGCAGAUGCAGGGCAUGCUGUACGAGGUCGCGGAAGAGCGGGCGAGUCUCAGGAAGACCGAGGCUGUCGAGCAAACCAUGGAUAAUCUCCGUAUCGCGCAUCCUGAAGUCAAGAAAACGGGCACUAUGAAUUAUAUCAGACGCGGCCAGAAGAAGGGGAAGGGUUACACCGGCUACGCUACAUAUCUAGAUGCGAACACAGGCAAAACAUCACCACAGUACAACAUGGAUAGCGUGAAACAGGGUCGCAUGUGA